UCUGCGCAAACUCGACUCAGACGCCAGGCUGACACUUUCCCCGGCGAGUUCGGAAGUGGGAUCGCGAGUCGGCGCUAUGGGAGCCAGGGUGACCCGCGUGUUUAGCAAGUUUAAUGUGGAGAAUCGAGCGUACCGGGAAAUCAGCAAAAAGAAACCCAAGCUUGCCCCGCGCCACCCCGCCGCAAUCCCUGCCACGCCGGCUUGGCCUACCAGUUUCCAAGAAGAGGUAAAGCAAAAAGAUGAACAACUUCUUACUUUCUUAAAGGAAGUCUAUGUUGAUUCCAGCGAUCCAGUCUUGCAAAGAAAAAAAAAAGGAAGAAAUCACCUAUAUAAGAAGGAGGACUGCAGGCCAAUAAUAGAUGGACAUUUCAAUUACCUGGACAUUCAGACUGUUCCUAAAGGCAAAAUCUUGAUAGAGGAAGCCUUGACUCUUCUCAGCAACCAUCAACGCUCUCCAGAGACGUGGACUGCCGAGAAAAUAGCAAAGGAAUAUUCUUUAGAACUGAAGGAUGUAACUAAUCUUUUAACAUUCUUCAUCCCAUUUGUUAUGGAAUUCCUUCCUCACAAAGACAAUAAAACCCUGGACUCCAAAUAAAAAUUUCAAACAAAACUCCAGAGAUUUCAUCAGUUUUCAACCAUAACUACAUACCUAAUUCUCCCUCCCCCACCAACCAAGCAUACGCCGUCUCAGUAGUUUCUGCAUUUUCUGUGGCACCUCUAUAUCUGUAAACCGAUCUGAGCAUGGAGCUGUGAAGUGGCGCGUGGGGGCAGGUGCGCCAUCAGCAAAUCGUGUAGACGUCUUAAAUAUUCUAAAAGUGUUGUCUGCCUUGUGGAUGAUGUGUUCCAAAGCAUGUGUAGGUGGCUCAGAAUCAGACAAUAAAAGUGCAUGAUCUU